AAAGCAUCAGAGUUUGCAUCAACAUAUCAGAAAUUGAAUAUCUACGCAAGAGUGUGAAUUUUGUGUUCUAAAAGAAACAAGAAAAGAAAAUGAAUCAAUCUCAGGAUGCUAGCUUCCAAGCUGGACAGGCCAAGGGCCAAGCUCAGGAGAAAUGCAGCCAGAUGGCUGACAAGGCUAGCAAUGCUGCCCAGUCUGCCAAGGAAUCAUGCCAAGAGGCUGGUCAGCAAAUGAAGGCUAAGGCACAGGGAGCAGCUGAUACUGUCAAGGACAAACUUGGAGCAAACAACUGAAGAGAAGCACCAUCUUUGUUUAUUUUGCUUUAGUUUGUGCAGUUUCUACUGCCUUUAUUUCUUUCUUUUUAUUUUUUUCUAAAUUUCCAAUUUUCAUGAUGCUCUUCUGUUGAGGGCUGCCUUUCA